AUGAAGAGCAGCGACUUUGACAACUAUUUGCCAAGCCCUGCUAAAAGUAACCAUGCGCGGGACCGUGACUCACCAGCUCUAUACUCCUUAGUACGUACUCUGCAGAACGGCAAGAAGAUCAACUCAACAGGGGUCCCCCGGGCCCGCCCGGCGGUGCCCGACCUCCUGCUCACCCUGGCCCUGCCUGGAAGGGUCACCUUUUAUGUGCUGGACUACAGCUGGCCUCUCGGUGACGGACUCUGCAGGCUGACGGUGCUGCUCCUCUAUGUGAACCCCUAUGGGGGGGUCUACCUCAGGGCGUGUGUGAGCCCGGACCGCCACCUGGCUGUGGUCCGCGCCCACCAGUGCCCACGGCUCCGCAAGGCCAGCCGGGCGCGGCUCGUCUGUGUGGCUCCCUGGGCCUUGGCCCUGCCGCAGACGGCGCCCCUGCAAUUCAUCCCCACGACCAAGUGGGUGGCGGGCACGCUGACCUGCAUGGAGUAUGACAGCGUCGAGGGAAUCCUCAGGCUGCCCCUCGGGGUCCUGGCGGCCUGUGCUCUAAGCUUCUGUGGGCCGGUGGGGAUCAUACUAUUUUGUUACCGGAAGAUCACCUUGAAACUGUGCAGGACAGCCCGGAGAGCCUGCCUGCUCACCCUGGUGGCCCUGGUGGCCGUGGUGGCAGUGGUGGUCUGCUUCAGCCCCUACCACCUCAACAUCAGCCGGAUCAUGCCGAGAGAGACGCUCCGCCCGCCGUCCUGCCCGGAGCAGGGGGCUUUCAGGCUGUCCCUUCAGCUCACUGUGCCCCUCAUGAACGUGAACUGGCAUUGA